CCGUGCACUCAGCUCAAGCCCUCUUAAAGCUGUUUUCCUGCUAGAGAUCAGCGCGAGCUAACGACACACAGCUGCUUCUCUCGGAGACAGAAGGACAAGAGGAGAGAGAAGAGGAGGGAGGGCAGGACGAAGAAGAGGAGGGAGGAAAACAAAUCCACCAGCAGCUUCUUAACUUCUCUGUCUCUGUGCUGCAGCUCGCUCAUCUACAGGGAGUGUUUCUGCUCUGGUUCAGGACUUUUUCAUUCUAAGGAGAGGAGAGGUUGGAGUUCACAUGACAUAAUCGGAGUGAAUGGGUUGCCAUGGUGACUCACUCAGGGAGCCUGACCCGUGCAGAGUGAAUGGAGAGAGCACCAAGUGAGCGAUAAACUAACAGAGGGGAGUCACCAGAAAGAGAGAGAGAAGAAGGAGAAGAGGAGAGAGAGAGAGGAAGAGGAGUGGUGGAUAUCAGAGGGAGCAGAGCAGAGGCUGAGAAUGGAGGACGGCUUUUCCAGCUACAGCAGCCUGUAUGACACCUCAUCACUGCUACAGUUCUGCAACGAUGACAGCGCAUCAGCAGCCAGCAGUAUGGAGGUGACUGACCGCAUCGCCUCCCUGGAACAGAGGGUCCAGAUGCAGGAGGAUGAGAUUCAGCUGCUGAAGUCUGCUCUGGCCGACGUGGUGCGCCGUCUAAAUGUGUCUGAGGAGCAGCAGGCCAUGGGGUCACGCAGAGGACCCACUAAAGACCCUGCUGUGAUGAGAAAGUCUCCCUCAGUGGACAGCAAUGUUGGCAAGUCAGCCAGGCCAAUGAUCGCCACCCUCCCACUGCGGCCCACGGUAAACAACGGGACCAUCCUACCAAAGAAAGGCGGUGGCACUCUGCCCUCCCCAUCUGGACCUGGGUCCAGGAAGGACACCAGCACGCCUGCCAACAAGAGCACUGUGAGGAGGACCAACUCAAAUGAACAGGUGGGAACUCUUACAAGGAAAGACUCAGGCGAGUCUAAAGGUAACCGAACUCGGGCAGGAUCCACUGGCAGCAAUUCCAGCGGCAAAAGAAGUGACAGCAAACAGAGGGAUCCAGUGUUCAAUGCAGGGAUGCGACGUGUGACCCACUGCAAAGAGGAGGGUUAUGUGAAAAUGUACUUGAAGGGUCGUCCCGUCACCAUGUACAUGCCCAAAGAUCAGGUGGAUGGCUACUGCCUGGAGACCCGAGCUGAGCUUCCCAGCAACAAGCUCAAACUGGACUGGGUCUAUGGUUACCGUGGUCGGGACUGCCGCUCCAACCUUUACCUGCUGCCCACUGGAGAAACGGUGUAUUUCAUCGCCUCAGUCGUCGUCCUGUUCAACGUGGAUGAGCAGCUGCAGAGACACUACACGGGACACACCGAUGACAUCAAAUGUCUGGCUGUCCAUCCUGAUAAAAUCACCAUAGCAACUGGGCAGGUGGCAGGCACCUCUGCAGAUGGGAAACAGCUGGCUCCUCAUGUCCGUGUUUGGGACUCUGUCAGCCUCAACACCCUUCACGUGCUGGGCUCCGGGUUCUUUGAUCGAGCCUUGGUCUGCUUGGCUUUUUCCAAGUCGAAUGGAGGGAACACUCUGUGUGCCGUAGAUGACUCUAAUGAUCAUGUCCUCUCUGUGUGGGACUGGCAGAGGGAAGACAGACUGGCUGAGGUUAAGUGCUCCAAUGAGUCCGUGUUUGCAGCAGACUUUCACCCAACAGACAGCAACAUCAUUGUGACCUGUGGGAAGUCUCAUCUUUACUUCUGGAGCUUGGAGAAAGGAACACUGGUCAAAAAGCAAGGCCUGUUCGAGAAGCAGGAGAAACCCAAGUUCGUGUUGUGUGUGACUUUUGCAGAAAAUGGAGACACCAUCACGGGAGACUCAAGUGGGAACAUCCUGGUGUGGGGAAAAGGCACUAAUCGCAUCAGCCACGUCAUCCCAGGAGCUCACGAGGGCAGCAUCUUCACUCUGUGCAUGCUGAGAAGUGGCACGCUGGUGUCUGGAGGGAAGGACCGCAGGCUGGUGUCCUGGGACAGCAGCUACCAGCAGAUACAAACAGUGGAGGUGCCAGAGUUAUUUGGUCCAAUCCGUACUAUAGCAGAGGGCAGAGGGGAGAGCGUGCUCAUCGGGACCACCAAGCACUUUGUUUUGCAGGGCAGUUUGGAUGGAGAGUUCCUGCCCAUAACACAGGGUCACACUGAUGAGCUGUGGGGUCUGGCUGUUCACCCCUGGAAGCCUCAGUUCCUCACCUGCGGCCAUGACAGGCAGGUCUGCCUGUGGGACUCCAGCUCCCAUCAGCUCAUUUGGACCAAGAGCAUGGAGGAUGCUGCCCAAUCAGCCGGCUUCCACCCCACUGGAGCUGUGGUUGCAAUAGGAACUCAAACUGGCAGGUGGCUGGUGUUGGACACUGACUCUAAAGAUCUCGUCACAGUUCACACAGACGGGAAUGAACAGCUGUCUGUCAUGAGCUUUGGCCCAGAUGGCAACUUCCUGGCUAUUGGUUCCCAUGACAACUACAUCUAUAUCUACGCUGUGGCAGAAAACGGGAGGAAGUACAGCCGAGUGGGGAAGUGCUCGGGUCACUCUAGUUUCAUCACUCAUCUGGACUGGUCAGUGGACUCCCAGUACCUCGUAUCAAAUUCAGGGGACUAUGAGAUACUCUACUGGAUCCCAUCAGUGUGUAAACAGGUGGUCAGUGUGGAGACCACUAGAGACAUCGAGUGGGCCACCCACACCUGCACUCUGAGCUUUCACGUCUUUGGUUUGUGGCCUGACGGCUCAGAUGGUACAGACAUCAACGCCGCCUGCAGGUCCAGCAGUAAGAGCCUGCUGGUGACAGGAGAUGACUUUGGGAAGGUUCAUUUAUUCUCAUACCCCUGCUCUCAGUUCAGGGCUCCCAGCCAUGUUUACGGUGGUCACAGCAGCCACGUGACUAACGUGAGCUUCCUGCACGACGACAGCUACCUGGUGUCGACUGGAGGGAAGGAUAUGAGCGUGAUGCAGUGGAGGAUAGUCUGAAGGAGCAGACGGGAACACAGGCGGUUUCGUACUGUUUCUGCCUCUUAUCUGCCUACAAGGCAGCAGAGGAACUAAUCUGAACUGCACUAACAUGAAGCAAACCAAACUUAAAUGAACUCUAAACACUAAAAGGUGGAUCUGCCUGAAACAAAGAGGACCCUGAGGUUUGCUUCCUGAAACGGACUGUUGGAGGCGUAAUACGCGGUUGUGUGAAAUACAAAAACCCCUGAAUUUUUAUUCUUUUCUUUACUCACACUACCAAUAAAGAGUCACAUAAUCCAACCUGCAACAGCAUGAAACAAAACAGAUGAAAUGGAUCAAAUCCACAUAAAAACAACCAAAGUCUCUGAUUUCCUGACUGCAUUUCACAGCUCUUGUCUUGUGCACACUCCUGCCACAGAAAACAGACUGAAGAAGUUUGAUAAAAUUCACUAUUAGGUCAAAACCUAUGUACAGAAAGCAAACUGUUUCUUUUAUUUUGUAUUUAACAACUCAGGAAAGCAAAAGAUGAGCAGGUAAACUCUGACAUAUCAGACCAGAACGAGCCCAAAAACACAUCUCACUAGGUUUAGGAAUAUUCAUACUUGUAGGAUAAUAAAACACAGUCCACUCAAAUCCCUUCAUCCAAUUUAGUGUCUGGAUUUUUGCCCGUCAUCUUUUCCACAUUCUUGUGCUUCCAGGUUUUAAAAAGGCACCUUUUUUAUUAUUUAUUGACCACAAGUCACUGCCAAUUUCAGUUCCUUUAGUCUUCCCCUUAAAAUCCUUCUUGAGACACAGCUGGCAAAUAAAGUGAGAUGUUUGAAACUGAUUAAAGCAAGGUUUGAGUGAAUACACAGUAUUUGAAGCUGUUUCUGAGUUUUUGAAUGAUUUAUUGUCUUUUAUUUGCCUUGAUUGAAGUAAAACUGAAGCAUGUAUGGGUUUUUUAUGAUGUGAAGCCUUUUCAAAUCUGUAUUGAUCUGCAUUUUCCAGCACUCAGAUCAGUUUAUGAAAGAGAGACCAUUACACUGUAACUGUUUACAUCUGAUGUACUCCAUCAGAUAAUGACAAGAUAUUUCACUGAAUUGAAGCUUUUGGUGUUUUUUUUUUUUUUUACUUACAUGAACUGCUUUUAGUUCAUUCCCCUGCACAGUAGAGCAACAAAAACAUCAUUAACACCUACUGGAGCUUCUCGUGAACCAAUGAUGAUUAGUUUCAGCCUUCUGUUAGCGCCACACUCUUCAUUAUGUGGUUCACAGUCAGUCAGUUCUCACACAUGCAUGAUUGGGUUUUAGAAAUCAGGACUGCCACUGAUAAGAGGAAUUUUGGUGUUGCUGUGACUGUUGGGUGAUUGCCUUGCAAGAUAGAAACGCUGAAAUCUUCUAACAGCAGUGAUAUAAAGUCAACUUCAUGCAGGGUGAAUGUAACAUGAUCUGUCCUGUCUACAGAAUACCACUGAACAUUAAACAUCUGUCUGAACUUA